UAAAAACUCUCUCUCUCUCUCUCUCUCCCUCCGUGGCUCUGGUCUCGUUUCCAGAAAAAGAAAGAACAGAGUGAGUAGUAGUAGUCUUGGAGAGUUUCGGUGUCUGUCUCGUGCCUUCUCUUCAUUCUUCUACCCCUUUCUACACUCGCUCUCGUCGUUCUUUGACUCUCCUCAUAGAUAAAUCUAGGGUUCUUCUUUACGUGUAUUGCUUCGUUGGUCCUCGUUGGCGAUCGAAAUCCUGGUUCGGAAUCUAGAUCUGGAUCUUAUUUAGAACCAGUGGUUUAAACCUUUUUUGCUUCACAUCUAGAUCAUGCAUAUCUGAAGGGAUUUCUAUAUUAUGAUCAGACUUUAAUUGAAGAAACAUUGCAGAAUGAAGGCUUUGGCAUGAAUAUUAAGGUUCUGUUUUUUUUUUUGUUUUCUAUCUUUGUAAUGCUCUGGUUGGACUAGAGUAAAAGCUCCACUAAAGGUUCUUGACACCGAAACAAUGAGGGGAAGAGCUGACGAGGCCCAAAAGAAGCGACUGGUCGCUGGAUUGUGUGUUGUUGCAACUUUUCUUAUUUUCCUAUUCGUUUAUUAUGGAUCCUUUUUCGAGUCUCAAAUUCAUCAUGGUGCAUCAACUGUUGAAUAUGGAAGUAAAUUGACAUCUUAUUUGGGUGGCAAUGAUGACUCCGAUCUUGACAGCAAGCAAGAUGGGGGGGAAGAUAUUGUACCAAAAAACUUUCCAGUUUGUGAUGAUAGGCAUUCAGAGCUUAUUCCCUGCCUAGACAGGAAUCUUAUAUACCAGAUGAGGUUGAAACUGGAUUUGUCUUUGAUGGAGCACUACGAGAGGCAUUGCCCUCCAACUGAAAGGCGUUAUAAUUGCUUGAUUCCUCCACCAUCAGGCUACAAGAUCCCGAUUAAGUGGCCAAGGAGCAGAGACGAAGUAUGGAAGGCAAACAUACCUCAUACCCACCUUGCACAUGAGAAGUCUGACCAGAAUUGGAUGGUUGUCAAAGGUGAUAAAAUUUCAUUUCCAGGGGGUGGCACCCAUUUUCAUUAUGGAGCUGACAAAUAUAUUGCCUCUAUUGCUAAUAUGCUCAACUUUCCAAACAAUAUCUUGAAUAAUGAAGGAAGGAUCCGAACAGUUCUUGAUGUGGGUUGUGGGGUUGCAAGUUUUGGGGCAUAUCUUCUUUCAUCUGAUAUCAUAGCAAUGUCUUUGGCACCAAAUGAUGUGCACCAAAACCAGAUCCAAUUUGCAUUGGAGAGAGGAAUUCCUGCAUAUCUUGGUGUUUUGGGGACGAAGAGGCUUCCUUAUCCUAGCAGAUCAUUUGAAUUUGCUCACUGCUCUCGCUGUAGGAUUGAUUGGCUCCAGAGGGAUGGGAUCCUUCUUCUUGAACUAGAUAGGUUGCUUAGACCAGGGGGCUAUUUUGCUUAUUCGUCUCCUGAAGCAUACGCACAAGAUGAGGAGGACCUCAGAAUAUGGAGAGAAAUGAGUGUCCUUGUGGAGAGAAUGUGUUGGAAAAUUGCUGCCAAGAGAAACCAGACAGUCAUUUGGGUUAAACCUCUAACUAAUGACUGCUACAUGGAAAGAGAGCCUGGUACCCAACCUCCCCUCUGCAGAUCUGGUGAUGAUCCAGAUGCAGCGUGGAAUGUGAAGAUGGAAGCUUGCAUAACACCUUACUCUGACCAACAUCAUAGAGCCAGGGGAAGUGGCUUAUCUCCAUGGCCAGCUCGAUUAACUACUCCUCCCCCUCGGCUUGCUGAUUUUGGCUACUCAAAUGAAAUGUUUGAAAAGGACACGGAGUUAUGGCAAGGGAGGGUAGAGAGUUACUGGAAUCUUUUGAGCCCAAAGAUUGAUCCAAACACUCUCAGGAAUGUGAUGGACAUGAAAGCAAACUUUGGCUCUUUUGCAGCUGCUCUGAAUGAUAAAAAUGUUUGGGUGAUGAAUGUUGUGCCAGAAAAUGGACCAAACACACUAAAGCUGAUAUAUGACAGAGGCUUAAUAGGCACUGUACAUGACUGGUGUGAAGCCUUCUCAACCUAUCCACGCACUUACGAUCUUCUCCAUGCCUGGACUGUCUUCUCUGACCUCGAGAAGAAAGACUGCAGUGCUCAGGAUUUGCUGAUAGAAAUGGACCGCAUACUCAGGCCUACUGGAUUUAUUAUUGUACGAGACAAGAAACCAGUUGUGGAAUUAAUUAAGAAAUAUUUACCAGCAUUGCACUGGGAAGGAGUGGCAACGGCUGAUGCAUCAGGUUCGGAGCAGGAUGAAGAUGAGGUGGUGUUUGUUAUCCAAAAGAAGACAUGGCUAACAAGUGAGAGCCUCAGGGGUUCAGACUAAUGAAGACGAGGCCUCUUGGUUCAUAAUGGUUUGAUGCUAUCCCCCAUCCACUUCUCUGGUACACCUGAUAACACGUUGUUUGCAGGGUCUCACCCAAGGAAGUAAUGACCCAAAUAGUAUAAUCGUCAUCAUUUUUUUUUUUAAUUUUAUCUUGUAAUCUUUAGUAAUAUAUUUUGAUUUAUUUAUUUAUGUCUAAUUACGUGGUAUGCAGUUAAGUACUGUUCUCUCUGUAUUCUUCCAUCAGUUUCAGUAUGAAUGUAUGAUCAAGUAUUUUUUUAGGUCUCCAUGAAAAUUACUUCAGCUGGUUAUGUGAAUUGUGAACCAAAACAUGAUACACGACAUGUUUUACUGGAAUGAUAAGAAAAAGAAAUGCGUGAUGUGUUUCAACGGGUUC